AUUUCUAUGCCGAUGUCUUGCUGUGCUACGGCUCUUUACCCGGUGAUUUUGACUGGAAUCAUUAGAUUUUCAUUUUACCUGUAACCCUUGACCCGAAUUUGCUUUGAUUUGAAUAAUCGAAAAUGGGGUCAAAAUAUGACAAGGAACCUUGUUGUGGGAUCUCACUGCUCAAGUAUGUUCUCUUCAUCUUCAAUUUCUUCCUAUUGAUAGGUGGAGCGGGCGUAUUAGGCGUUGGAAUCUGGACGGUCAUAUCAAAGUUUGAUUACACGGAGGUCCUAUGCUCGCACGCCUACAUCAUCUCGACAUACGCACUCAUCAUAUCAGGGGGCGUGGUCAUCAUCGUCGCGGCGACGGGUUGCUAUGGUGCCGUGCAGGAGGUCAAGGGUUGUCUGUUGCUGUACUUCACAUUGCUGCUGCUUCUGUGUCUGAUUGAGCUAGGUGUAGGUGUCUUUGUCUAUUAUUACAGAGGAGAGCUACAAGUUGAACUUGAGAAGUGCAUGAACAGUUCGAUGACCAAGAACUAUGGACUAGAUGGUAACAGCGCUUACACUGCAACGGUAGAUGAUUUACAGAAUAGUUUCAACUGCUGUGGUGCUGCUAGCUUUGAAGACUGGACCAAGAGCGAGUGGAAGGUCAGCGGGUUAGCAGGGAAUCGUAGCGUCCCGGAGAGCUGCUGUAAAACCAUAAGUCCCUACUGCUCUGUCAGGACACAUCCUUCAAAUAUAUACCAUCGGGGUUGUGUAGUUGGCCUGUCAUUGAUUGUUGAAGAUCAUCUUAUCAUAAUAGGUGCUGUUAGCUUAGCCAUAGCGGGUGCUGAGAUCAUGGGUCUCAUCUUCUCUAUGUGUCUUUACUGUCAUCUCCGAUAUGAAGAACAGGAGCCCUACUGAUGAAUGAUGCAACAGCUCAUUAUAAUAUAUGCAUAAAUUUGCAUAUCUUAUGCUAAUGAGAUAGAGAUCAUUCGUAAGACAUCGAUAUUGUGCACUCUUUUUGCUGCACUUAAAAAAUAGUAGAUGGUGUGAAAAUAAUGAACAUGAUUUCAGAAUUGUUAGGGGCACACGCAGAUUCGGCCUUUUCUCCAUAUCUAUCUAUUUACAACUCAUGCUUUUUUUAAUAGAAUGCCGGCAGUUUUGUAUAUUUUCAA